AUGUCAAAGGAGCUACCAAUCUUCAGCGGCAAUCCAGAGGAUUGGCCGCUAUUUAUAAGUUCGUACAAGAAUACAACGGAAGCUUGUGGAUACUCCGAAGCGGAGAAUUUGGCGCGGUUACAGCGAUGCCUCAAAGGACACGCACUGGAAUCAGUUCGGAGCCGUCUUUUGCUGCCAGCAGGCGUACCACAAGUGAUUGCUACGCUCAAGAUUUUGUAUGGUAGACCGGAGCUGCUGAUCCACACAUUAUUACAAAAGAUUCGCGAAGUUGCGGCGCCGAAGCACGACAGACUGGACACUUUGAUUGGAUUUGGAAUGGCGGUUCAAAACUUAUGUGACCACUUGGAAGCCGGUGGGCAAGAAGCCCAACUAAAUAAUCCGAUGUUGCUCUUCGAACUGGUGGAGAAGCUUCCGGCAAAUAUGAAGCUAGACUGGUCGCUUUAUAAGCAACGCUGCGGCGGAGUGAAUCUUCAAGUAUUCGCCCAAUACAUGUCUACGUUGGUUCGCGCUGCGACAGAUGUAACGCUAGACUAUGGCCCCAAACCUUCGCAAUCACGACAGCAACGGGAGAAAAGCGGUAAGGAUAAACACUUCUGCGGCGCACAUUCCAUGGACGAAUCUACUCGUUCGGCGCGCCCGACAAAAGAGUUCAUUGAUAAACGGGAUAGUACUCCAGGCCCAGUGUGCCUGAUCUGCAAAGAUCCAAAACACCGUGUGAAGGAUUGUGAUGAAUUCGGUAAAAAAGCUGUGGACGAACGCUGGAAAGUCAUCCAACAGUAUAGUUUGUGUCGGAAUUGCCUAGGCGCUCAUGGGAGAAGACCAUGCAAGAUAAGCAAACGGUGCGAAGUGGAAGGAUGCCAGAUGAAACAUCAUUCAAUGUUGCAUUCGAACACCGUGAAGUCGGAUAACAGUGAAAACAAGGCAAGUGGUUCGAGAGCUGUCACUAAUUAUCACACCGGCGGCAAGGCAUCACUUUUUCGCAUUCUUCCGGUAACUCUUCAUGGCAACAAUCGUUCCAUGUCAGUGUUCGCUUUCUUGGAUGAUGGUUCGGAGCGUACUCUCGUGGAAGAAGAUGUGGUGAAAAAGCUGGGAGUGGAAGGUGAACAUCUUCCAUUGUGCUUACAGUGGACGGCGAACGUGAAGAGAACGGAAGCAGGUUCACAGAGAAUUGGGCUAGAAAUUGCAGGACGAUUAAGCAGUGCGAAGCAUAAGCUGGUAGAUGUACGUACAGUGAGCAAGUUGGAUCUGCCACGACAAAGUAUCCAGUAUGCGAAGUUGGCGGAAACAUUUCCAUACUUACGAGGACUUCCCGUUCAAGAUUAUGAGAAAGCCGUUCCGUGCAUUCUGAUUGGAAACGACAACGCUCACGUCACGGCCACUUUAAAAUUGCGUGAAGGACAACCAGGCGAGCCAGUAGCUGCGAAAACCAGGUUGGGUUGGACAAUUUACGGAAAGAAUUCGUGUAAAUCGGAAAGUCCAGCUCAUAUUUUCCACAUUUGCGAAUGCUACAAGGAUGAGUCGCUUCAUGACCUGGUUACUCAAUUCUUUUCCGUCGAAUCAUUGGGAAUCACAGAAACGGCGUGUCCAGAAUCCGAAAAAGUACAAAGGGCGAAUCAAAUUCUACGAGCGACCACGAAGCGGAUGGGGCCGCGUUUCGAAACGGGUCUUAUAUGGAAAUAUGACAAAUUUGAAUUCCCGGAUAGCUACGCCAUGGCAGUAAGAAGACUUGAGUGUUUGGAACGUCGAAUUCGAAGCGAUCCUGUGAUCGGAGAAAGCGUGAUGCGACAGAUGAGAGAGUAUCAAAUAAAGGGAUAUAUCCAUAAGGCGACAGAGGAGGAACUAGAAGGAGCUGAUCCGCGGAGAGUUUGGUAUUUGCCUCUUGGGGUUGCUUUAAACCCAAAAAAACCGACGAAGGUACGCAUAUUUUGCGAUGCAGCGGCAAAGGUAGAUGGGAUAUCUCUCAACACGAUGCUCUUAAAAGGUCCCGAUCUGCUCAACAGUUUACUGGCGGUGCUUUUUGGUUUUCGAGAAAAAAAGAUCGCGCUUUGUGCAGAUCUCAAGGAAAUGUUCCACCAGGUACAAAUAAGGAAGGAAGACAGACAUGCCCAGAGACUGCUAUGGCGUGAGGAUUCAUCCCACGAACCGGACAUUUAUUUGAUGGAUGUUGCCACAUUUGGUGCUGCUUGUUCGCCCUGCUCGGCGCAAUUUGUUAAAAAUCUAAAUGCGGCCGAACAUGCAGAGAGUUUUCCUGCCGCCGUUGAUGCCAUUCUACGUAAACACUACGUGGAUGAUUAUUUGGAUAGCGCUGAUAAUGUGGACGAAGCCGUGAAGCUUGCGCUGGAAAUCAAACACGUUCAUUCCUUAGGGGGGUUUCAACUGCGGAAUUGGUUAUCUAACUCCCAAGAUGUCCUCACACGGGUCGGGGAUAAUGAUUCGGUUGCUGAAAAAAGCCUACAGCUGGAUAAAGACAGUGUAACGGAACGCGUACUUGGAGUAUUUUGGAAGUUAGAGAAGGAUGUGUUCACGUUUUCGUCAGCAAUGAGCACGCAUGAAGAACGACCAACGAAAAGGUCGGGGUUUCUUCAUCUUCACGAGGACCAAUGGCCCACAGAAGCAAAAAUUAAAGUGAAUCAGACAACCGAAGAGCUUCGAUCUUGUUUGGUACACCAAGAAGUGAUAGCAAAGCACCAAGUGAAAUGGGAUCGCUUCUCGCAAUGGAGCAGACUGUGGCAUGCAUCAGCGUAUAUCUAUCGUUACGUAACGAAUCUACGACGUAGAGCGAGAAAGGAGAAUACACUAGGGGGACCGUUGAGACAAGAGGAACUUGCUGCUGGCGAGAAUAUUAUCUGGCGGUGGAUUCAAAGCGACGUGUUUCCCGAUGAAGUGGCGACUCUUUCCGAAGCACGAGGAAAUCUACUAAAACGGCAGGCGAAACUGGAAAAAACUAGUAAACUUCGUAAACUUUCUGCUUACAUGGAUGCUGCUGGAGUGGUGCGCAUGGAGAGUCGGAUAGCAGCGGCCACCUUUGCGUCAUUCGACACACGGUUCCCAAUUAUUUUGCCAAAGGGUCACAUAGGAACGAGACUGAUGAUAGGCUGGUACCAUCAAAAGUAUCUGCACGGAAAUGCAGAGACCGUUGUAAAUGAAAUGAGGCAGCGUUUUUAUGUACCAAACCUUCGAGCAGAAGUGCGCAAGGUGAAGAAGAUGUGUCAACUGUGCAGAGUGAAGCAAGCGCUUCCGGUAGUUCCAAGAAUGGCCCUGUUGCCUACGGCCAGAUUAAAACCAUACGAACGUCCGUUUUCAUAUGUAGGAGUGGAUUAUUUCGGACCAAUCGCGGUGCGGGUGAAUCGCACAACUGCCAAGAGAUGGAUUGCGUUGUUUACGUGCCUUACGAUCCGCGCGGUACAUCUGGAGCUAGUGCAUACAUUGUCGGCAGAGUCAUGUAAAAUGGCAUUUCGUAGAUUUAUUGCUCGAAGAGGUGCACCAGCUGAAAUCUACAGCGACCGCGGUACCAAUUUUGUGGGUUCCAGUAAAGAGCUACGAAGAGAAAUGGAAAUCAUCGAAGGACAACUCGAGGAAACGUUCACUAGUCCUAACACUAAAUGGGUCUUCAACCCCGGCAGCUCCUCAUAUGGGUGGUGCCUGGGAACGUCUGGUGAGGUCGGUGAAAACAGCCCUGGCAGCGAUGUACACUUCCAGGCUUCCCAACGAAGAGACAUUGAUGACCUUGCUAGCUGA